UCUGUUUACUAUCGAUUCGUCUUUGUUUCGCAAAGCCGGCAAUGUCAGUAUUGUUGUUUAAUUAUUUGGGGCGCGUGUAUCAAACAGGUGCCUGUAGCAAUGUUGUGAAGAACUAUAUUCAUCACAUAUCACGCAUAUCAGAUGUCUUGACAUGUAAACCCGUUGAUUCUAGUGUGACAGUCCAGGGAUGGGUAAAGGGCCUGAGGAAGAUGAAGGACUUGACAUUUGUCGAUAUUAAUGAUGGCUCUUGCGUAAAAAGAUUGCAGAUUUUGAUUCCAACCCGCGACAAACCAAAUCACCUGGCAUUUGGAGCGUCAGUGAGAGCAUCUGGAUUACUUAAAACAAAUAGUAAAGGUGAUUUGGAACUGUCGGCGAGUCACAUUCAAGUAAUCGGGCCUUGUGUUUUCACAGAUGGUUAUCCAUUCGCAGCCAGGAAAUCAUAUCCACCAGAUUAUGUGCGUCAGUUUUUGCAUUUAAGGUCAAGAACGACUACUUUUGGUGCUCUUCUGCGGAUGCGAGGAGCUGUGUCACAUAAUGUGCACAAAUAUUUCAAUAAACUUGGUUUUCUUUAUAUUCACACUCCAAUAUUAACAGCUAAUGACUGUGAAGGUGCAGGAGAAGUCUUUCUUGUAAUGCCUGAAAGCAAAACGUUACGUGAAGAAAUGUCAAAGUCAGGAGGCAGUGAAGAAGAAGCAUAUUUCGAUUCUAAAGUAUUUCUCACAGUUUCAGGACAGCUACAUUUGGAAGCUGUACUAAGGGGAAUUGGUAAUGUUUACUGUUUUGGCCCAACAUUUCGCGCGGAGAAUUCACGUUCCGGUAGACAUCUUUCUGAAUUCUACAUGAUUGAGGCAGAACUGGCAUUUUCUGAUAAUCUGGAUGAUGUGUCUGCUGUGGCAGAAGGUCUAGUCCGUGCAUCAGCAGAAUGUUUGUUGGCAGAGCAUUCUGAUGAUAUAGAGCUCUUGGCAGGAAAAGAAAGAUGCAGAGUUCUUGAGUCAGUGCUGAAUCCAGACCCUUUCCCUAAAGUAAUGCGCAGUGAAGCUGCUGUGGCCCUUGGCAUUGACCCUGAUGCUCCAUUGUCACGAGAACAUGAACUAGAGAUAGUGAACCGGUUUGGUGGAGGAAGGCCUGUUUUUGUUUAUGGAGCACCGGCAUCUACAGCCCCUUUCUACGCCAAGCAAUCUAGUAAACCAGGAGAGGUUGAAUCCUUGGAGUUGCUGGCACCCGUUGUUGGUGAAUUAGUUGGUGGAAGUAUUCGUGAAGACAACCCAGAUGUCUUGCAAGAAAAGCUAUUGAAUCUUGGUUUACAAGAAUCACUUGCCUGGUACCUGGACAUACGUCGCUUUGGAAGCGUCCCUUCGGGUGGAUUUGGACUUGGUUUUGAAAGACUGCUUCAAACUUUGUUGAACAUACACAACAUACGGGACACAGUUCCAUUCCCUCGGUGGCCUCAUAAUUGUAAAGCCUGAGCAAUGUUUUGGAAUUGAAGCAAGAACCGGGAAGGAAUGUCUGCAGUGUACUGUGUUCUGUCUUCCAUGAAGUGAUGAUAGAAAUAAUAUGGCCUUUGAGGAUGACUUGAACCCCUGAAACUGUCUCAAAAAAUGGAAAGGAUAUUUCUACAACUGUAUAAAAUGCUGUUUGCAUUAAACCUUCUUGUUGAGCUUUUUUAUGUACAUUUUGCUGUAAAUAAAUAAGCUGUUAUAUUUGUAUUAAAAAUAUCUUCAUAAUGG